AUGCAGGUUCCCCAAACCCACAAAGGCUUAGUCUACGAUAAGCCGGGCGGUAUCUCCACUCGUCUGGUGGAAUUGGAUACCCCGAGUCCAGGCCCUGGGCAAAUCCUGGUCAAGAUCACCCACUCCGGAGUAUGUCAUUCAGACCUCAGCCUCAUGACGACUACAUGGAGUUGGCUUCCGGAGCCCGUAAAAAGCGGACAGGUUGGCGGCCACGAAGGCGUGGGCAUCGUCGCCCAGCUAGGACCGUCCUGUGAAGCUUCCGGUGUCAAAAUUGGUGACCGUGUAGGCAUCAAAUGGAUUGCAUCCGCCUGUGGUAACUGCAUGCCAUGUUUGGCUGGCGCCGACGGUAUCUGCGCGAACCCAGAAAUAUCGGGCUAUACGUGCCCCGGCACGUUCCAGGAAUACACUCUGGCUCCUGCUCACUAUGUGACGCCAAUUCCCGACGGGUUGGCAAGUGAAGUGGCAGCACCGCUUCUUUGUGGUGGUGUUACGGUUUACUCGGCGCUCAAGAAGAGCAGAGCCCAGGCCGGGGAUUGGGUGGUAAUUGCUGGAGCCGGCGGUGGUCUGGGUCAUCUGGGAGUGCAGCUCGGAGGCCGAGGAAUGGGAUUCAGAAUCAUUGGUUUGGAUAUGGGAUCCAAGGAAGGUUUCGUAAAGGAGUGUGGUGCCGAAGCUUUCAUCGACAUCAGCAAGUAUUCUGUUGAUGGAAGGAAGAGCAUUGCAGAUGAAAUAAUGGCCAUUACUGGCGGAUUUGGAGCCUCGGCGGCUGUUAUUUGCAGUGCAAGCAAUGCUGCAUAUGCGGAAGCCCUUUCAUAUCUUAGGUUCAAUGGAACACUGGUGUGUGUUGGGGUUCCGGGUGAGGCCAAGGCAAUUGCUAGCGCUUAUCCCCACACGAUGGUUGGUAAACAACUGGCUAUCGUUGGAAGCACCGUGGGCAACCGUCGAGAGGCAAUCGAAACGCUGGAUAUGGCAAAGCGGGUAGUCACGACUCCCUUCCGUCUUGAGAAGGUGCAGAAUAUCAAUGAUGUCUUCGCGGAGAUGAAAGGCGGCAAGUUGCAAGGCCGUGUCGUGCUAGACCUACAGCCGUGUACCUAA